GAUGGCAUCUUUGCUACCCUCGAUACCGUAUCCGCCCUCGGGAGAUGGCUACUGGAGCCCCGUGACCUCUACACUUAACUGGUGUGAGGAGGACUACUAUGCCACCGUCUAUUCGGCCGAGAUUGUCAACACUCUGACCAAUCUGCUCUUUGUCUGGCUGGCCUUCCGUGGUAUCAACAACUGUAUACAGAACGGACAUGACCACAUUUUCCUCGUAACCUUCAUUGGUUACUUGAUCGUCGGAACUGGCAGUUUCUUGUUCCACUCAACCUUGAAGUACCCGAUGCAGCUGGUCGACGAACUCUCGAUGAUCUACACGACUUGCCUCAUGUUCUACGCGACCUUCUCGCACAAGCAGACGCGCACCUUCCGCAUCUUCCUCGCUCUCUUCUUGGUGGCAUUGUGCGUCUUCAUCACGGGCUACUAUCACUACCUCGGAGACCCAGUCUUUCACCAGAACAUGUACGCUCUUUUGACCGCUGUCGUCUUGUUCCAAUCCAUGUACAUUAUGGAGCGCGAACUUCGCCCGAGCCCCAAGGCAAGAGAAGCCGCGCGCAAGAGUACAGGCAAGCAGGAUGGGCUUAGUGAGGCCGAGCAACAACGCCAGGACGACAGAGACUACAAGAUCUUGAAGACCAUGUGGCUCAUGAUUGGACUUGGACUGAGCGUCUUCCUUGGAGGCUUCGGAAUAUGGACCUUGGAUAACGUUUACUGUUCUAGGCUACGUAAGUGGCGUCACGAGGUCGGCCUGCCUUGGGGUAUUUUCCUCGAGGGACACGGAUGGUGGCAUCUCAUGACUGGAACAGGAGCAUACUUUUACAUUGUAUGGGGUGUGUGGCUCCGUCAUUGUUUGAACGGACGUCAGGACGAGUUCAAGCUGGUCUGGCCGAGUGUCUUCAGCUCGCUGCCGUCGGUCGUCAAGAUCGACAAGAGCGAGAAGAAGCAGAAAUAGAGGCAGCUCAGGCUUUCGGCCGACAAAAACAUGAUAUAGAAAAGAUAUAGAGGUAUUCCGCGAGGACUUUUCGUGCAAGCAUAGUAGCAAAUUUCCAA